UGCCCUCUGCCUCUCUCUAGCAUGCACGCGUGUGCACGCACACACGCACACUUUCCUUGUACUUUUGACAUUUAUUUGCCAUUGUCAAACUUUACUUUCUUUUGGGCAUUUGGUUUUGCACGUGAAUUUUUGGCAUGCAUAGUCAGCUCGUCCCCUUUUUUCCAUCUAUAACGUUAUUCAAACAGGCGUUCAGACAAUGUCUCCAUGAGUUUAGGAUGUUUCUGUCUUUUGGAGCAACACACACUCACUGAUUCAGACUUGCUCUCUCCUCUCUCCCUGCUCUUUCAUGCAAACACACACCGAGUCCCUCUCCACGUGUACCAAUGAAUGUCUCCUCCGAGGGCUCCUGAGUUCAAUGUCACGCUGGGCAGAAGUGGAGCAAGAGUAACGAGCAUGUGUGGAGUGCAGACAGGGAGAGACCCAUUCCAGCCAGCAGAGGGCAGCCGAGGGGAGGCGCUGGCGCGCGAGGGCUGAGCCGAGCUGAGCCUCGCCUCGCUCGGGCAGCCUCAGCCUCAGCACCAGCCGCGCCGGAGCCCGGAGCGCAGUCACUGAGGGCAGCGGCGGCGGCGGAAGCCAGGCGCGCAGCGAGGGGCGGCGCGGGCGGGAAGCAGCAGCUGCCGCCGCCGCCGCCGCCGCCACCGCCGCGACGGGAAGCAGCCAGCCGGCUCGCCGGCAGUCGGCUCGGGCCCCUGCCCUUUCGGCUUCGUGUCCCUGGCGCCGGGCGGCCGGCGAGUCUGGAGCCCGCGCCGUCGCCGGUCGCGUCCUCCGGGCAUGGAAGGAGGCGGCAAGUCCAACUCUUCGUCCAACAGCCGGGACGAUGGCAACAGCGUCUUCCCCGCCAAGGCGUCCGCGACGGGCGCGGGGCCGGCCGCGGCCGAGAAGCGCCUGGGCACCCCACCGGGGGGCGGCGGGGCUGGAGCGAAGGAGCACGGCAACUCCGUGUGCUUUAAGGUGGACGGCGGCGGCGGCGGCGGCGGCGGCGAGGAGCCGGCUGGGGGCUUCGAGGACGCCGAGGGACCCCGGCGGCAGUACGGCUUCAUGCAGAGGCAGUUCACCUCCAUGCUGCAGCCCGGGGUCAACAAAUUCUCCCUCCGUAUGUUUGGGAGCCAGAAGGCGGUGGAGAAGGAGCAGGAAAGGGUUAAAACUGCAGGCUUCUGGAUUAUCCACCCUUACAGUGAUUUCAGGUUUUAUUGGGAUUUAAUAAUGCUUAUAAUGAUGGUUGGAAAUCUAGUCAUCAUACCAGUUGGAAUCACAUUCUUUACAGAGCAAACAACAACACCAUGGAUUAUUUUCAAUGUGGCAUCAGAUACAGUUUUCCUAUUGGACCUGAUCAUGAAUUUUAGGACUGGGACUGUCAAUGAAGACAGUUCUGAAAUCAUCCUGGACCCCAAAGUGAUCAAGAUGAAUUAUUUAAAAAGCUGGUUUGUGGUUGACUUCAUCUCAUCCAUCCCAGUGGAUUAUAUCUUUCUUAUUGUAGAAAAAGGAAUGGAUUCAGAAGUUUACAAGACAGCCAGGGCACUUCGCAUUGUGAGGUUUACAAAAAUUCUCAGUCUCUUGCGUUUAUUACGACUUUCAAGGUUAAUUAGAUACAUACAUCAAUGGGAAGAGAUAUUCCACAUGACGUAUGAUCUCGCCAGUGCAGUGGUGAGAAUUUUUAAUCUCAUCGGUAUGAUGCUGCUUCUGUGCCACUGGGAUGGCUGUCUUCAGUUCUUAGUACCACUACUGCAGGACUUCCCACCAGAUUGCUGGGUGUCUUUAAAUGAAAUGGUUAAUGAUUCUUGGGGAAAGCAGUAUUCAUAUGCACUCUUCAAAGCUAUGAGUCACAUGCUGUGCAUUGGGUAUGGAGCCCAAGCCCCAGUCAGCAUGUCUGACCUCUGGAUUACCAUGCUGAGCAUGAUCGUCGGGGCCACCUGCUAUGCCAUGUUUGUUGGCCAUGCCACCGCUUUAAUCCAGUCUCUGGAUUCUUCAAGGCGGCAAUAUCAAGAGAAGUAUAAGCAAGUGGAACAAUACAUGUCAUUCCAUAAGUUACCAGCUGAUAUGCGUCAGAAGAUACAUGAUUACUAUGAACACAGAUACCAAGGCAAAAUCUUUGAUGAGGAAAAUAUUCUCAGUGAACUCAAUGAUCCUCUGAGAGAGGAGAUAGUCAACUUCAACUGUCGGAAACUGGUGGCUACAAUGCCUCUAUUUGCUAACGCGGAUCCUAAUUUUGUGACUGCCAUGCUGAGCAAGUUGAGAUUUGAGGUGUUUCAACCUGGAGAUUAUAUCAUUCGAGAAGGAGCCGUGGGUAAAAAAAUGUAUUUCAUUCAACACGGCGUUGCUGGUGUCAUUACAAAAUCCAGUAAAGAAAUGAAGCUGACAGAUGGCUCUUACUUUGGAGAGAUUUGCCUGCUAACCAAAGGACGUCGUACCGCCAGUGUUCGAGCUGAUACAUAUUGUCGUCUUUACUCACUUUCUGUGGACAAUUUCAAUGAGGUCCUGGAGGAAUAUCCAAUGAUGAGGAGAGCCUUUGAGACCGUUGCCAUUGACCGACUAGAUCGGAUAGGAAAGAAAAACUCCAUUCUUCUGCAAAAGUUCCAGAAGGAUCUGAACACUGGUGUUUUCAACAAUCAGGAGAACGAGAUCCUGAAGCAGAUUGUGAAACACGACAGGGAGAUGGUGCAGGCAAUCGCUCCCAUCAAUUAUCCUCAAAUGACAACCCUGAAUUCUACACCCUCAACUACGACCCCGACCUCCCGCAUGAGGACACAGUCUCCACCGGUGUACACAGCGACCAGCCUGUCUCACAGCAACCUGCAUUCCCCCAGUCCCAGCACACAGACGCCCCAGCCGUCAGCCAUCCUCUCGCCCUGCUCCUACACCACCGCGGUCUGCAGCCCUCCUGUACAGAGCCCUCUGGCCGCUCGAACUUUCCACUAUGCCUCCCCCACGGCCUCCCAGCUGUCACUCAUGCAACAGCAGCCGCAGCAGCAGGUACAGCAGUCCCAGGCGCCGCAGACUCAGCCGCAGCAGCAGUCCCCGCAGCCACAGACACCGGGCAGCUCCACGCCGAAAAACGAAGUGCACAAGAGCACACAGGCGCUUCACAACACCAACCUGACCCGGGAAGUCAGGCCCCUCUCCGCCUCGCAGCCCUCGCUGCCCCAUGAGGUGUCCACUCUGAUUUCCAGACCUCAUCCCACUGUGGGCGAGUCCCUGGCCUCCAUUCCUCAACCCGUGACGGCGGUCCCCGGCACGGGCCUUCAGGCAGGUGGCAGGAGCACUGUCCCGCAGCGCGUCACCCUCUUCCGACAGAUGUCGUCGGGAGCCAUCCCCCCGAACCGAGGAGUCCCUCCGGCACCCCCUCCACCAGCAGCUGCUCUUCCGAGAGAAUCUUCCUCAGUCUUAAACACAGACCCAGACGCAGAAAAGCCACGAUUUGCUUCAAAUUUAUGAUCCCUGCUGAUUGUCAAAGCAGAAAGAAAUACUCUCAUAAACUGAGACUAUACUCAGAUCUUAUUUUAUUCUAUCUCCUGAUAGAUCCCUCUAGCCUAUUAUGAAGAGAUAUUUUAGACAGCUCUGGCCUACACGUGAAAUGUAAAAAUAUAUAUACAUCUAUUACAAAAUAUAUAUCUAAAUUCCCAAGAGAGGGUCAAAAGACCUGUUUAGCAUUCAGUGUUAUAUGUCUUCCUUUCUUUAAAUCAUUAAAGGAUUUAAAAUGUUGUGUAAGAUUAUUUAUUUCUAACCGACUUUUACUUAAGUCCUUUGAUAUGUAUAUUUCUCUAUUUUAUGAAGAGUUCUUGGAUUCAAUGGAAACAAAACUGAUUUUAAAAAGGCGACUCAAACGAGCUAGAAAAUAGCACCAAUCCAAACUUUCUUUCAUUAGCUGUGUCUCUGCAUCUAAAUUGUUAAUCAUUAAUGAUGGAGAAUUAAAUAACAAAUCCCAUUUUAUAGAUCUAAAUUGUAUGUCGGUGCUUUCAAUUUUGAAUUAGGUUAAAGGAUGCACUACUUGCUUGGCCACUGUAGGAGACUAGCAUUGCCACUGUUAAGAAUACCACUAACCUCAAACAUGUUCAUUGAUCUUUCCGAAAGCUGAGGGAAAAUUAAUAUUUGUCUUCAUGUGUUAUCGGACUUUUACCAAGACUCGAUCAAUGUUAGUUGUAAAUAACUUUUUCAACCCAAAUAAAAAUAGCUAUUCUGUCUUGUAUGAAGGUAAAAGUCAUUGUUUAAGAAUUUAGUUUUAUUGCUUCACUUCAAAACUUAGAGUUUUAAAUUUUACAAAACCUGAUUGUGAGAAUUAUUCAAUUGUAAUGCAAUGGCUUGAAACCUACAAUAUUAUUUUAACCUGCAAUGUUUUAUGCAAAACUGUAUGCUCGAAUCUACAAAUUGCUUGUAUUACACCAAAAAUCAUUACUUUUCUUUCUUCUUGCCAUAAUUAAGCAUCUGAAAAUAGUCCCUGCAUGCUUCUGGGGGAAAAAAAUAGGUUCAGAUCAGUCAUUGUAGGGAAAGGCUUACAGUAUUUCUUGUUUCUAGAAAACAUAACAAUUCAUUAAUCGUCUAUCUUAAAAUUCCUAUAAGGCUGACUUGGAUCUCUGACUUAAGUCUAGAAGUGAGGUUUUCACUUUUAUUUAAUAUUAUUGCUAUUAUUAUUAUUUAAACAAUUAUUUGUAAACCACAGCUUGAUUUGGAGUUAAGUGUGGUCUGUGUCUUCACUGUAGCUGGUAAUUUACUAUGGUGUUAAUUUUAAAAAAUAAAUUCAAUACAGCAUCACAUCUGUUUGGGAACCCACAUUUUGCUCUAUGUAUAUUGUAACUAAGUGGUUAGUAAACCUUAUGGCAUGUGGUGACUAAUGUAGCCCAUAUAUAAAAGGUUUGUCAUUUUUAAUGUGUUGAAAAUACUACAGACAUGGUGACGAAAAGCAGGGAUAAAGUUGAAUGUCUGUGAGCAUUGUUUGUCUGUUUUCUUAACUCUUUCCAUGGUCUGUGAGCACCUGCUUCUUCUCAAAGAACUCCCUUAGUAAUCAUUUGUGCCUAAUGUAUCCCACACAUGUGGAGUAUGACUGGAACACAAUUGGAAGAUUCCCAGUAACCGGCUUCUGUAAAUAACCCAAGUUAAGAGCAUGACCUAAAGUGGAGGUCUCCAGUAUCUCUGACACUGGCAAUACAUUUAAGAACGUACAGAGAUCACACAUUAAAUGGGGCAGGGCCUGCAGAUAGACUUGAGGACAGAAAACAAAAACAAAAGCAAAAACUCUAAAGUGGAUCCUUGCUGCCUGUUAUGCCUUUUGCGGAUAUAAUACCUAUAAUACCAAAAUGAGUUGUUAUGUUUAAUUUCAAACAAAUCCAACUUGUGUGGAAGUAAUCAACAAUGCUAGUCAAUGUAAUGUAAUGAUCAAUAUGCUGGUGACAUAUGAUGGCAUGUCAGGAAUACUGUUGUAAGAAAGGGGUUGUUCAGUCUACCUAGAACCUAUGGGAAAGCUGCAAGACCAUUUACAUAUCAGUACAAAACUCCUUUAUUUUAUUAAAAUAUGAGAAUUAACUUCAAUUUAUUAAGAUUAUGUAUCAGUCCUUUAAAUUAUUAAAGGUUUACAUUUGAUAGGAUUAAUGGAUUUGGUAGUGAAAUAUUUUUAUAUAUAUAUAUAAAUUUUUGGUUUUUUAUUUUGAGCACUAUUGGGAAACAUAAGCAAAAUUCAAUUGCAUGGUCUUUCAGUGCAACCAUACAAUUUUUAUUCACUUUGUAAUAGAAUGGACAAAAAAAACUAAGGUUUAUAUGUUAAACUAAUAAAAUGGUACAGGGUAAAUUAUAUACAUAUAUGUAUGAAUGUAUAUAUAGUUAGAUUAAGGAAAAAAAAUUACUCACAUUCCUGUAAUAUAAAGGUCCAUUGCUAGUUGAAAAGUGACCUCUUUUCUCUGUACAUAGUGAAGCCCAUACGUAUGGAGUUUUAAUUUGUACAGAAAGAAAUGUAUUAUUGAUUUGUCUUUCUGCUGCUGGGAAGAUAAUAGAAUAGCUGAUUCUUACAAUAACUGUAUGAUCAGGGAUGAGUUAGAAUAUUUCUUUUGUCUUUGCUCAAAGCCAUACAUAUAUAAAUAUAUAUAAAGAUUAUUAAUAAAUUCAACAAAAAAUAAACUACAAUCAUGAAUAUUUUAUUUUAUCAAUAUAUGCUAAUCAAAUGUUUUAUUUUAUUAAUGAGUACAGCUUUGCCUCUUUCUAUUUUUACAACCUAAAAUUUCCAAGAGAACUUAUACUUGAUAAUCACAUAAAAUCAGUUAUAAUGUAUAAUUCUGGAAUGAGAGGACUUUAAAUAGAACAUGGAUUUUUCAACCACUUUGUUUUACCUUUUCCAUAUAGUAAAAUACGAGCUUCUUUUCCUUUUGGCUCUGUGCCUUUUUAGAAUGGGGUUGUUCUCCAACUUCAAAACACAGCUAUUUUAUUAGAUAUACAGAUGAGAAAUAAUUUUCCUAUAAUUGUAAAUAAUUGUCCUGUAAGAUAUUUAUACAAACCUAUUUUGUUAUAAUAGUUCUAUAACAUACCUAUUUUGUUAUCAUAGGGCCCAAGGCCUAUAGUAGGCCCAAUGCCCUAUUAUAACAAAAUUGGUUUGUAUAAAUAUAUUCAUAUUUAUAGCCUUGGGCCCUGCAAAGGUAUUUGGAUAGUGAUAGAACCUCCCCAUACAAGUGGGUUUUAAAUCAGACACAAAACCCUGAAAUAGAGUUUAUCAUAAUGAGAAUAAGUAGUGAAGCAUUCCUGAAAACAAGGAGAUAAAUAAUAGCAAUGGCAAUAUAUUCUAUUCACCAAAAGAAAAUAGCUUGUCUCUAGGUCUGGAUGACCUCUUCAUAAGUGAAUGAUUCCCUGAUGAAUGCUGUUCCACUUUAAAGAGAUGGUUAUUUUGCAAUUUAUAAACUUAACAUACUAUUUUCAGGUCACUACAAAGUACAUAGUCAAGUUAUUACCAUUAUUCCUAUAGGACAUGGAAUGGUUUAAACAAUAUGACAGGUUUAAAAUUUUACAUGAUUUAUUUCAAACCCUGAAUUAUUUGUACUUCACAUUAUGAGCAAUCUCUAUUGUCUUUCACGACUAUUUUUAAAAUCUCCAUACGUCCUCUUUCAGCUUAGGUUUUUAUAUUUGUUAAUUUUACCAUGUCACUUUGCUUCUAUGGCCUUCACUUGCGUCAUUUAUAAUGUUAAGCUGUUUGAAUGAGGUAUCUCUCCAUUAUACCUUUAUCUUUUUAGAACAUGUUCCAUAAAACCCAUGUGGUUAUUUUGUUCAUAUGUGCUACAACUAGCAAACUGUUAUUUUAUGUUCACCUACCUUAAAAAUUACUCAUACUCUACUAUGGAAAAGAAACAUGGUCCUUAUAGAAUUGAAUACUGAGCUAUUUUAAGUCCUGAAAAGAAUGAUCAAAAAUUGCUGCAUGAGCCAAAUUAUAGCUCAGUUCUGUAACUGUAUUCAAUAUGGUUCUUUUCAAGGAAAAUGGGAUAGAGAUUUUCAUUGAAAGAUUUGAUGUUGUAUACUUAGGUGAGUAUACCUGCUAUUGUCACUCGAAAACAAUGACUUUCUUAAGCAAUUUCAAUUUUUUCCUUUUUAACAACCCUGUACUUGCACAACCCUGCUUCCUUGCUUUACCCUAAUCCUGACCUUGCUUCCAAUUCAGGCUCUGACAUGGACAAAUGGAGAUUUUAAGGAUUUUUUAUGAGAGAUGCCUUGCUGACAUUCCCUGUCAACCUUGAAAAUUGUUUAAAGAUGAUAUUAAGAGAACCUAUAUAUAAUGCUCUGAAUUUGUCUCUAAGGUCCUUGAUGUGGAGAGAAUGAGUAAUAUAUUCAAUUCUGGAAAAAGAAUUAUUUCGUGAAAAAUUAAACCUGCUUUUCUAAAAUGUGGAGGUUUAACAGAACACAGCUGAUUGGGAACACUGGCAGUUCAAUGCAGCUGGAGCGUAUCAGGGGAACCGAGAUGGAGUGGGAAAUAUAAAUUUCAAAAACCUUCUGAAAGGCUUUUAACAUCAGGGCAAAGGUUUUACAGUGUUAUAUUUUCUAUUCUUAAUUUGAGUUUAUCAAUGGGGAGGAUUCACAUUGAAAUGUCUGUUUUGCUAAUGUAACAAGGAAUAAUUUAUGACAGAGAAAAAAUUGGGGGCUAUUUAUAAUAGAGGGUUCUGGGUCCUAAGGAAGGUCCUAGGUUUGCUAAAUAGAGUAAUGGGAAUAGGAAACUGAAAGUUGACUUGCUUUGCAUAAGAUAAAGAAUAUAUUGUGGCAGGGAAGAGGGACGAGAAGAUAAGAGCUAGAACCUGUGAGAAGGGAAAGAAGUGAUGAAAUAAUUUUGACUCAAAUAAAGCAAGUUCUCAGGCCAGGUGUGGUGGCUCAUAUGUGUAAUACCAGCACUCUGGGAGGCCAAGGUGUGAGGAACACUUGAGGCCAGGAGUUGGAGACCAACCUGGGCAGCAUAGUGAGAUCUGGUCUCUACAAAAAAAAAAUUUUUUAAUUGACCACGUGUGGUGGUGUACUCCUAUAGUCCUAGCUACUCAGAAAGUUGAGGCAGAAGGAUCGCUUGAACCCAGGAGGUCAGGGCUACAGUGAGCCCUGUUCAUGCGGCUGCACUCCAGCUGUGGGGGCGGGGGUGGCAGAACAAGACCCUUUCUCAAAAAAAAAUCAAAAAGGGAAGCAAGUUCUUUAGUUCCUAUUAGAGGUACCACACACUCUCCAAAGAUCAACAAAGGUGAACAUUGUGUGGAACUAUUUUAUUUCUACUGUAACAUCAAUGGCCAUUUACUCCCAAAAGGAAACAUCUUUUUUUUUUUUUUUUCCAGAUAAAGUCUGGCUCUGUUACCCAGGUGCAAGCGCAAUGGCAGGAUCUUGGUUCACUGCAACCUCUGCCUCCCAGGUUUAAGCAAUUCUCCUGCCUCGGCCUCCCGAAUAGCUGGGAUUACAGGUGUCCUCCACCACACCUGGCUAAGUUUUUAUAUUUUUAAUACAGAUGGAUUUCACCAUGUUGGCCAGGCUGAUCUCAAACCCCUGACCUCAAGUGGUUGGACUGCCUCGGCCUCCCAAAGUGCUGGGAUUACAGGCCUGAGCCACUGUACCUGGCCCUUCUAUUUUUUUUUUAAUUUCAUGUAAGCAGAGAAUAAUAUUUAUUUAUUCAAUUGAACAAGUCUGAAUAAAUUAGUAAAUAUAAUAAUUCUUCAAAAGAGAAAUACCAUUUUAUGUUUCCAAUAGAUAUAAUUGAAUUCAAGUAACAUAGUUAUUCAGACUUUUUUUUUUUGAAUAAUGGAGUUUUGCAACAAACAGUUUGUAAUUUUACCAAACUUACCAUCAUUUUCUACAGAGACUAUUCAGAUGUGCAGAGGCAAAGAGACUUUCUUAAAAGGGUUUUAUUUCCUGUUAAAUUUGUGACAAAAACUCCUGAGAAAGGAAAGAUUUACAUUUGAAGGAAGAAAGAACAUAACUCAAAGAAAUUUGAAAGAUUCAAAAAGAGUUUUACAGAUAUAUUCUCAUUUCUUUCUCAUAUUUGUUCAAGAUCUUAGUUUCCAAGCAUUUAAAAUUAAAUAUUGUUUGCCUAACUCUUCUAACAUCUAUUACCAACCUAACCUAGUACAAUUCUAUUUAAAAUGUGCAGUUCUAAAUGUCCCCAGGUGCCUCACUAUGGCAAGUGUGGUGCAUGGAACUGCGGCAUCAGUAUCACCCCGAAGUUUGUAAAAAGUGCAGAGGGCCUUACCCUGUACCUCCAGAAGUCUGCUUUUGGACAAGAUCCCCAGAUGAUUCAUAUGUGUGUUAAUAUUGAAAAGAGUGGUGCUAGUUAGUCCUGGAGGAGGUAAGUUUUAAGGGCAUUUUAAGGGACCUUUGAAGUGUUAAGACAUUUCUGGAGAUGACAAGUCAAGAUAGUGUGGGAUCUUGGCUAGACAGGGAAAGCGAGAGAACAUUAACUCAACACGAGGAACCUGAAACCGGUGACAAACCACCUAUGUCAUAAUUUUAUCCUGAACUAUCCAAAAUGUACUCUUGGUCAUGCUGUCUAACCCAGCCUGCCUCCUGGUACUUGCUAAUUAGAAACAAGGAAGAGAAAACUAGUAUGUGUUAGGUACUAUAAUUUCCUUAUUUUAGAUAAAUUUUGGUGGCAUAGCUAGCAAUGCUUCUUGAUAUCACAUCAGUACAAUGUGUCUGUUGCCUUCUGUAACAUUUUAAUGCUAUCAAUAAUACGUUGACAUUGUAAAAAUAAAUAAAUGUGGCCAAUGUUUUGCAAAUGA